AUGAGGAUUUUUGCUGAUCAAUUGCUACCAGAGGUACGUUUCUUUUUAUUAACGAACUCAAUUAUUAUAGAGAACGACGGUGAUUUGUAUAAUCUUUUUGUGAAAAUAUAUUUCAUUAAAAUUAUAAAAUUGACCUAACCUUCUCUUUUUUCUCUUUUUUUUAUCAAUCACUAUGUAUUUACUUUGCGGCAUAAAUUUAUACAAAAACAUGUAAUUUUAGUUAUGGUACAAAGUGAUAGAUCAUGUGACUGUAAUGGAAGAUACUUGUUCGCUGGCUAUGAUAAACAAGUAUUUUAACAAACUUAUCAAUAAGGAUUUUAAACAGUUAUGUUAUGGUGGUGUAUCGCCUAAACGGCGAGACUUGGACUUAUGCUUUUUCAAAGUACGUUUACAGUUUUAUAAUUUUGUUUUUUUAGGUGAUAUCAGUCUUUCCACUAAAGAAUUACACAAAAUCGUAAACCCCAAUUUGUCGCGCCAAGAAUCGGGAGAAGUCGCGCGACAUUCGCUACCUUGCGACAUUCCAAGGGAAUCGCAAUGUCGCAGGUUGCAAGGCUUUGCAACAAACUGUCGCGGUGCGACUUGAAAGACGAUGCGACAGCGUGUCGCGGUUGUCGCAACGCUCAAGCCACCGCUGUGUUCUGUGGAAGGCGUGCGACAAGUUCUUUUUGGCUGUCGCGUGUCCUCUGAACUCCUGCGACAACCGGCCGGUGCGACAAUUGGGACUGUGCAGUCUUUCCGUCAUCACGGAACAUUCUUUUGGGGAAAGACUGAUAUUAUCUGGAAGUUUGUAUAAAUCUCAUGUUGAUUGCUAAAAAAUUUAGAUUCGCGGAUCGUUCAUAUUGUUUAAUGACUGGUUAUACGCAGUUUUACGGUGA